GCAAGUCCUCAGUUAGGGGUGAUUCUGCUAUUCGUGCAACCAUGCCUAGCAUUCCCAUUUCCACCACAAUUAGUCCUUAACAAGAUAUGGGAUGCAAGAGUUCAACAAAGCUCAUCACUUUACAAUGGAACAAAGUUCAGGUAUGGUGGAUACAACUUCGAUGUAGGGAAUGAUCCCAAGCAAGAGUCUCAUGUUUCCCUUCAUCUUAGUCUGACAGAUUAUAGAACAUUCAUGGGAGCAAAUUUAAGUUCUAUGUGGGAGAGAUUUCUUGUUUCAUCUGAAGAUGAUUGUAUACAGUGUCAGCACACAUCAAGUCCUCUUGGUAAUGGUGCAGUUGUGGAGACUUCUGACAGAAGAAUACUUGUGCUUCAGAGAAGUAAUAAAGUUGGAGAAUUCCCUGGAUAUUUUGUUUUUCCUGGAGGCCAUCCAGAGGCUGUUGAAAAGGGUCGAGAUCCAACACCAAGUGAGGUACAUUUGCACGCCCAUACACAUGAUCUGAUGGAGAAUCUUUUGUUGAUGAGCGUGCCCGAGCUGUCCAUGAAAGAUAUCAAGAAAUAUUACGGGAAAAAUCACAGUCUCAGUCUGAUAUUGAUCAAUGUGAAGCAUAUUACGAAGCUGCUGGAGGAGCAAAGAAGAGAAGAAAUCUCGGAUCUCAAGCACAAAGUUAUUACGGGCUGAAUCUUCGUGUCAAUUCUGGCUUCAAUGCUUCAUCAUCAGCACCACCUUCAAUUUCUAAAUCAGCACCGACAGAAAAUAUGGAGAUAAUGAUGCGAUUGAUUCCUACACUGACUGAUCGCAUGCUUCCUGUAUUUAUUGAGCAGACACGCAGAGUGAUUUCUUCACCAUCACAUCAUCCAAAUACUUCUAGCGACAACCCAUCAGUUGUGACACCCA